UGAAACGGAACGCACCCCCAGACUGCACGUGAUAGUACUAAGUUUCGUCAGCUGACUGCAGCUUUGACAUCUUAUUGCCUAGUAAACGAUAGAUUCUUGUUUCCUUAAGAAAACUUGAAACGAUUUUAUUCGUAUCCAAACGAUCAUUAUGGCACUUCAUUCCGCAGGAAAAGGUAAACUUUUAGCGGUAAUUGGCGACGAGGAUACUUGUGUGGGUUUCUUGUUGGGUGGAGUUGGAGAGAUCAAUAAACAUCGUCAACCUAAUUUUAUGGUUGUCGAUAAAAAUACAGCAGUGAGUGAGAUAGAAGAUACUUUUAAGCGAUUUAUCAAGCGUGAUGAUAUCGACAUAAUUCUUAUUAAUCAGAAUGUAGCCGAAAUGAUUCGUCAUGUAAUUGAUAGUCAUACUCAACCGAUACCAGCUGUAUUGGAAAUUCCAAGCAAGGAUCAUCCAUAUGAUGCCAGCAAAGAUUCCAUUUUGAGACGUGCUAAGGGAAUGUUUAAUCCAGAAGAUAUUCAUUAAUGUGACGUUAAUAAGAUUACUUUUCAAGUGUGUACAUUAAAAUGAUUUGUUUGGUUAUCAUAUUCCACAUGUAUAUCUGUGUUAAUAAAAAUGUAAAGUUAUUGUUAUAAAUAAAGACUAAUAGAUGAAGUAA